AUGGCGGAGGCUGAUGCUGCGAUGGACGGAGAGGACCACAUCUCCACGCGAGCGCGAGGGCGAGGUCGCGGGCGCGGGAAGCGGCGCAAAGAAAAAGGAGUUGCUGGCUCCACGGCAAAGGCGGCGCCGCCCGCACCCCCUCCCUCGGUGGAGGCGCAGCACAACCUCUCUUCGAACAUCCAGGGGCUUCGCUUCAUGCAAUCAGCCCGGGAAAACGAGGAGCGCAAGAAGCAGGAGAAGGAGCAGCUCCGACACAUAGAGGAGAUGCAGUGGGUCGUGGAGGGCUUUGAGGCAGAAGUCUUGGCCGAAUCGUCUCAGGAGAAGCGACCCGCCGAGCUCCGGACAGGGCCACCACCCUUGCAGCUGCACCGGCGUUCCUACAAGGGCUUCAAUGGCCUGGUGGAGCAGUCCAUGAAGGAUCUGCUAAAGAAGCACGCCGAAAUGAUGACGCAAGCAGAGGAAGUGGAGCAGGCUUCCGCGCUGCGCAAAAUGAAGCAGCAAAGAGUGACUAGAUCGUAG